AUGAAGAUGGAUCGGUGGACGAUCGUCCUGGUGGCGGUGGCGAUCUGGUGCUUGGCAGUGGGCUCGCAUGGGCUGGGAUCAGCCGCCGAGCCCGAAUCGAGGCUGCGCCUGGGUAUGACCAACAGCUCGCGCCCCAACAUUGUGUUCCUCAUUUGCGAAUCCAUCGACGCCAAGACCUUUGACGAAGACUCGCCGGUGCCUCUGCCCAACAUCCGCAAGCUGAUUCAGCGUGGCGGUGUCUCGUUCAAAACCCACUACGUGUCGGCACCCGUGUGUGCGCCGAGCCGGACCUCGAUCCAGCAGGGACGGCAUGUUCAUCGCAUUCCACACGACCACAACGGCAUUCAGGUCAAUGGAGCUUGGAACAACUAUGAGGGCAUGGCGCCAGACUAUGACAUGAAGAUCGGUGACGUGCUCGGCCGCACCGGCUAUGAUGUCAACAUUCUCGGAAAAACAGACUGGACCGCAGGCAAGCUGUGGCACGCGCUUCGACCCCAUGAUCGUGUUCCUCCGUCGACGUGUCUUCCUCACGUUGCUGUACUCUUCUGGCCUGCCAACCCUCGGCCCUUGGUGAACCACAAAAAUCACCUGUUCACUGGCCUGAGUAUAGGUGGCCACGCCCUGUGGAAUUGGUGGCAGUGCUUUACCAUGUAUACGCAAUUUCCCUAUAACGUCACCAAUGGCGGAUGGAACGAACAACCCGAGACGCAGGCAGGCGAAGGUGCUGUAUGUGACGCUCAUGGGGACGUGACUCCGGGCAAUCGGUCGCAUGAUGUCGACUGGAUGUUUGUCGAGCAAAACGUUGCCUACAUUCGCAAUCAUUCUCAGAGCCAGCCCUUUUUCGUUUAUCAAGGCAUGGAUAUCGUUCAUCCACCACUGGGUAUGCCAUCAGAUCAAACGUGUGAGAAGUUUUACAACAUGAUUAAUGAGAGCGACGUGACGGUGCCCGACUGGGCUCCACUGGACGAGCUGCACCCCUGUGACCUUCAGUCGGUUAUGCUCAAGGGUUGUUUGCCCAAUCAAGACAAUGCAACUGCUGUCACCAACUUUUACUCCAAAGAUCGACGCCGCCGGGUCCGUCGCAUUUAUUAUGCCAUGAUCGCGGAGUUUGAUGCCAUGGUCGGCGAGUACAUGCAGGCGGUAGAGGACGCCGGUUUGCCACUUUGCAAAAAGAUCAAACUGCGCGAGGAUGUCAAGUCACUCUCUGGGUUGCCUUUUCAGAUGGAACAUCAACAAUUUUACAAGAUGGUUCCGCUGGUGAUUGCUGGCCCAGGCAUCAAAGCAGACACGGAGACGCUUCCCACACAGCACGUGGAUCUUUAUCCCACUUUUAUGGAUUUUGGACAAGUGCCGGCUAGCAUGCGGCCCGAGGGCUUGGACGGCAUUUCCUUGGUGCCGCGCGUGGUGGAGCAGAAGCCACUGGCCAACACGAGCUUUGCCAUUUCGCAAUUCCACGGCGCUGACUUGGGCAUGAGCUGGUACCUUAUUCGCUAUCAGAACUGGAAGCUGGUGACCUAUGGAACGGGCCAGGAGGUGGCGCCACAGCUUUUUGACAUGGUGAAUGACCCCGGGGAAACGCACGAUGUGCAUGCGCAGCAUCCGGAUCUUGUGGCACAACUUGAUGCGCUCUUGCGCAGCCGCAUCGACUAUCCCUCUGUUAGCCUGGACGUGGCCACAUACAACUUGGCCAUGGGCAAGUGGUGGAUCAAUUCGACGGGGCCUGGCUGGAAAGACACCCUUGCCUCCUUUCCAUCCUGGGGCGCCUCAUGGGCUCGCAGAUUCAAUCCUCAGAACCGUACCAUUUCCAUCUCACCCCCGGCCCCCUUCUGUCCCCUUGCACCCACCCAGCAACUCGACAGCAUGUCCGGCAAGUUUACCAUCUCGGCUAUUCUCCCAUCUCUCUUGAUCGUGCACUUUUGCAUGUCGCAUUUUGGUUUGACGGUCAAGGUGCUGUUCGAGUAUGACCCUCAGAACGACGAUGAGCUACGUCUGGUCGUGGGCGAUCUAAUCACAAACGUCAGCAAAGAUUCAGACGGCUGGUGGUCCGGCACAGAUAAACACGGGCAUCACGGCGUGUUUCCAGACAACUUUGUCGAGGAAGUACAAGCCCCUCCCCCGGCCGCCGCGACUCCAGCCCCGGCUGCUGCGACCGCGCCCAGCCGGCCAGCCCCGCCCCCGAUUGCCGCUCCUGCGCAGCCGGCCAAGAAGUAUUGCAAGUGCACGUUCGAGUACGACGCUGCCAAUGACGAUGAGCUCACCCUAGCCGUCGGUGACGUGGUUGAAAUUGUCAAUCAGGACGACGAAGGCUGGUGGGAAGGUAUCCACAAGGGCAAAACCGGCUUGUUCCCCAGCAAUUUUGUCGAGGAAUGUCCGGCGCCAGCGGGUGCCGCCCCUGCAGCAGCGGCGGUGGCUGCUGAUGAUGAUCAAGACAAUGCCAAUGUGAUCCAAGCCAAGAAAGUACAGGGCAUCGGUUUUGGCAACAUCUUUGCCGGUGGUUCCGUGGCCUUGCGCAAGACGAGUGUCAGCUCUAAGAAACCCCCGCCGCCAGCUUCUGCCCCGGCCGAGCCCGCGGCAGCGCCCGCUGCUCACAAGCCGCCGACCACUGGCCCGACCAAACCGCCAGCACCGGCCAAAAAACAAUUCAAGGCGAUCCACGAUUACACGCAGCAGGGUGACGACGAGCUCUCGUUCGUGCCUGGCGACAUCAUCACCCUGGUUUCCGUACCGCCGGGAGAAGAAAUUGAGGGCUGGUUGACCGGCGAACUCAACGGCCGCACCGGCCUUUUUCCGGACAAUUUUGUUGAGGAGCUGCCCAUGCCGGCAGCCGAGCCUCCCGCACCCACUCCAACCCCAGCGCCAAAGGCUGCCAUUCAACCGCCAGCGCGCUCAACCUCUUUGGGCAAGCCACCUGUGCCCCGCAGCCCCUCCAUCAGCCAGAAAGUGCCGCCUCCCCGCUCAGGCAGCACGGCCUCUACGUUGGCGCCGAAGCCAAGCGUUCCUUCCAGCAGCACUGAACCUCCAAAGCCAAAACCAAGCAAACCCGCUGCUCGCAUCCCACCGCCUCAGAAGCCAGCCACUGGACCUGAAAAGCCUGCUUUGAAGCCACCCGCCAGUAAGCCGGUGGCUAGCAACGACAAGCCCAAGCCUCCCGCCCCCGUGCGCAGCAGCUCGUCGCAAAGUCUAGAGCCGACAGACAAGAAUGAUGACAUUCCACCCUGGAAACGCGAACUCAAUAACCGACGUAGUCGAGGAGCUUCCAUGAGCAUGGCCGCACGCCCCAAGCCGGCCGGUGACCCCGCUCCCAAGCCUACUCCAGCACCCGAACCUAUUCCAGCCAAGACCCCCAUCACUGAGCCUAAGCAAGGGUCCCCGCCAGCGCCCGCACCGGAAGCCCAGAAAACCGCAAAGCCCACACCCACCGCACCGGCUACCCAAGCAGCGGAGAGCGGCAGUGCGCCUUCAGUUGACAAGGCACACCUUGAGGCACUCGAGGGCAAGAUUAAUGACAUGAUGACCACGGUCGAGAAGCUGCGCAAGGCCAUGCAAGUGCUGACCAGCGACCUGGACGCCGAGCGCGCCGAGCGCCUUAAGCUACAGGUUGAAGUUGACCGCCUCAAAAAGUUCAAUGAAAUCUGAGCCACCUGCCAAGCAACAUGCCGCGACGAACAUGGCGUGCUUGAACGCAUCGCACCUCGUCCCUCUCAGCUCCUGCGUGGAAGAGGACAACGUGGCUUUGGGUGACGAUCCGUUUUCGAGUUCGGGUAAAUCUUCUCCGUAUGUAUGCCCAUCCGACCCACAGCUGGAACCUCGUCCCAGCACCAAAGCACAGCUGCGGACGCUUGAGCAAAUUGUAGAGCGCUGGCUGGUUCAUCGUCUUCAUUUGUUCUUCCUGCGUGGCUGCCACCCUUCAAACCAAAUGCCUGUGUGUAUCUCACGACGACGUGCUGCAGCAUCACUGUUUAUGUUGUUGUGUUGUUGCUGUUUGAAUGAUGACUUGCGUGCGUGCAAAAGAUCGUUGACCAUGAAUUAAUACGGUGGCC